AUGGAUUGGAGGCUCCUCGAAUCCGCCAAGGAGGCCGAAGACACGGCUGCCGGCCUCCAUGUCUUUCUCAACGAGAUUCCAGAGUAUGCAAAAGAAAUCACUGGAGAGAUAGCCGAAUUAUUCGCCAUCUCACACGCCCUUCACACGCUGAACGAGAGCUUGGAACUGUCCCGCUAUGGCAGAUACGUGGGGCGCAUCCUGCGUGAUUUGGAAAUCGUCCUACCCAGCUUACGCUACACCUUGGAGGAUGUACGGGACAUGUUCAGCAAAUCCAAGAAGCCGACCAAGCAGCAUCCCGGCGCCUUCCCCGGCACUCCAGAUUACACGGAUAUCUGGGAGGAUGCGUUAGACGAGCUCGAGGAUGAAGGCAUCUCACUGCCUGUGCGGCUGGAGCUCUAUCGGCUAUAUCUCCAAAGCAUGUUUGAUGUUCUGAAGGGGCCUCUAGGACGUGCAAAGACUCCAAGACCAAAAUCACCGGCACAAGCAAGGCCCAAAAUGCCUCACUACCAGACAUACCCAGCUUAUGCACACCCACCUCCGCCACCUCCACCUCCUCCACCACCGCCUCCUCCGCCGCCAUUCGCUCACUCUCCCAUAUAUGGCGAAAUACCCUUCGUUCCUCCCCCGGUACCCGAAAUCCCGCAAUCACCAACAUACUCAACAGCGUCAUCACAGACGUUCUCUACGCAUUCAAACGAUUCAAACAGUGGCGCCUAUUGGGCGACUAAGAUUUUCGACGGCCGUCACUCCUCAACUCCUUUCAAAACCCUCGGCCAACCAACCAAAUGCCUCGGCCGCAACGAGCCCAAAGCCAUCGAGUUCCUCGACAAAGACGGCUUCCACAAAGUCCUCGAGCUCCCCUUCGAAGCCACAAACGUCUGGGUCCGCCUCUACUGGCGCCCCGACGAUCACCGCGCCCGCAUCCUCUUCCUGACCCUCGACCCCUCCGGCCGCCGCCUCCGCUACUGCCUACCCCUCACCAACCUCAAAGUCCUGCGCAUCGAAUCGUGCCUGCAGCUCUGCCGCGUCAACCGCGAAGACGGCCAGCUGGACCUCUGGGCGAACCUGCGCUUCACCCUGUACGAACGCAUGGUCCUCUUCUACUGCACCUUCGUAGCCAUGAAGCGCCAGGACGAAGUUCCCGUGGCCGCCGGCCUCGAGGACUUCUUCCAGCCGGGCGAAGUCGAGGAGUUCGGCGGCGAGAUCCAGGAUCACACUUCCCUGCAUGCCUUCCGCAUCUUCCGUGACCGCGACUCGGGCGCCGUGCGCUUCGAGGCCACGGCCAGGAGGGGCCCGAAUAAGACGGUGCCCAUUUGGACGGCGUUUGUGACGCAGUAUAUUGGGCAUAAGGGCUGGAUGCAACGGGUCGGCACGGCGACGGUGCAGUUUGCCGAGCUGCAUCCGUAUGUCUUUCAUCAGGGGUAUCAGGUCCCGAGGGGGAAGGGCGGGAGGUAUCAGUUGACGUUUACGUCGGCGAGUGAUGCGAGGCACUUGAUGGAGCUGUUCCAUCAUAUCAAGAUCCGCUAA